UACCGCAACGUUUCAGACAAUUAAAAAAAUGUUCUAGAAGUUAUAUGGACAAUCGUAAAGCGGCAAUGUUAAAGUUUUGGGUAGUGCUUGUAGUUUUGUUACAGUUCUGUUACGGCCGGAAAAACAAAGUCCUUCCGUGGGAAACGGAUACGAUAACCACAGUCGCUUACAACAGAGCUGAGGGUUUCUUGAAUGAGUUUGCAGGCAACUUUUGUGCCGAGAAAGAUUCUAAGUGCUUCCUGCCAAUAACCACAAACAAGAAAAUCGUAGGAUAUGAAGAUAUAAUACUGCGGUGUUGUGUAAAGAACCAAAGAUGUAAUAAGACAUACAAAAAGUGUACAAAUAUUAAAUAAAGAAUUUUUCCUAUUAUGGAUACUUA